GAACUUGACCCGUUAGCAGCCGAGGCCAUGACGGCGCGCUCGCCUCCCUCACCACCCCCUCCGCCCCCAGCGCGACUUUCCGAGCCCAGGUCCUCACGUGUUGGGCGGGAAGCUGCGGUACACGCCGCGAGCAGCGAGGCCUGGGGUCUGGCGGGGGCGGCGCGGGAGGGCGUUGUGGACAAAAGCGAUAUAUCCUGGCGGGGUGGAGAAGGGUCAGGGGGCCGGCGAGGGCCAUCGGGGACAGCUCCCGCUCAGGCUCCCCUCCUCAGCGCGCCCAUGGGGUCCGAACGGCUAGAGGGCAUCUCGGUAGAGGAGGCAAUGGUGACCCGGACGCAGCUGCUGGAGGAAGAGCUGAGCAGCCUAAAGGAGGAGCUGGCCCUGUGUCAGGCUGAUAAAGAAUUUGUAUGGUCUUUGUGGAAACGUCUCCAGGUGACAAACCCAGAUGUCACACAAGCAGUCAGUUUGAUUGUGGAAAGAGAAAAACAGAAAUCUGAAGCUAAAGACAGAAAAGUUUUAGAAAUUCUACAAGUCAAGGAUGCUAAGAUACAAGAAUUGGAACAGAGAGAAUUGGGACUAAAACGGGACAUAAAUGACCUUGUAAAGCGGAAGAUUGCAGUAGAUGAAGAAAAUGCUUUCUUAAGGAAAGAAUUCAGUGACUUGCAGAAGAAAUUUAAAGAUAAAAGGCAAGAAGUUAAGGACACUAAAGAGUGUGUACAGAAUAAGGAAGAGCAAAACAGACUGGUUAUAAAAAAUCUGGAAGAGGAAAAUGAGAAAUUAAAUAUGCGCUGUGCUGACUUGCUGAAUGACCUGGAGAAACUGAGGAAGCAGGAAGCACAUUGGAAAAAAGAAAAAUAUAGCAUUGAUGCAAAAAUAAAGGCCUUUGAAGACAAUUUAAUCGAAGCAAAGAAAGAAAUUGAAGUUUCACAAACUAAAUAUAAUGCUCUAUCAUUACAGUUGACAAAUAAACAGACUGAACUUAUCCAGAAGGAUAUGGAUAUUACCCUGGUUAGGAAGGAGUUGCAAGAACUGCAGAAUCUUUACAAACAGAACAGUGCACAUACAGCACAGCAAGCAGAGCUGAUCCAGCAGCUUCAGGUUCUGAAUAUGGACACUCAGAAAGUCCUGAGAAACCAGGAAGAUGUUCAUACAGCGGAAAGUAUAUCAUAUCAAAAACUUUACAAUGAGUUACAUAUUUGUUUUGAAACCACAAAAUCAAGUGAAGCUAUUCUCCGGCAAAGUGUUGUUAGUCUUCAGGAUCAGCUAUUUCAAAAAGAGCAAGAAAAUGCUAAAUUAAAAGAAAAACUUCAGGAAGCACAAGGAGCAUUGUGUUCUUUACCUCAACAAAGUGAUUCAGACCACUCAGAACAGGUAUUUCAACAGCCAUCUUUAUCGAGUUUAGAAACCCUAAUGGUCUCACAGAAGUCUGAAAUUGAGUAUUUACAGGAGAAACUGAAAAUAGCAAAUGAAAAACUGUCAGAGAACAGAUUUAUCAACAAGAAGAGUUCCUCAGAAAAGAGCAUCUUGACAAGUGCUGAAGGGAAACAAAAGGAACCACCUGUGAAACGUUCAAGGUCUUUGUCCCCAAAGAGCUCUGUCACAGAUGCAGAGGAGCUAAAGAAGCUGAGGAAAGCUGAAAGAAAGAUUGAAAACUUAGAGAAGGCACUGCAACUAAAGAGCCAAGAAAAUGAUGAGCUAAGAGAUGCCUAUGAAAAACACAAGGAAAGGCUACAGAUGUUACAGACCAACUACAGGGCAGUAAAAGAGCAAUUAAAACAGUGGGAAGAAGGCAGUGGCAUGACUGAAAUCAGAAAAAUAAAGAGAGCAGAUCCUCAACAACUUCAACAAGAAGAUUCUGAUGCUGUAUGGAAUGAACUGGCCCAUGUCAAAAGGGAAAACCAGGAGCUAAUUAUUCAAAAGAUGAAUCUUCAGGAAGAAUUGGAUAAACUUAAAGUGCAUAUAUCUGUUGACAAAGCAACAAUACAAGAAUUGAAUACAUGGAUAGCAGAGAAAAAAGAAGAACAACUCUGUAGAUAUGGUGAAGAAGAUGGGGUCAGGAAGAGUACUCCAGAGAAGAAUGGGAAAGAAAUGUCGGAGCGGACAUUACAGAAGGUCAUUGAAUUGGAAAAUCGGCUAAAAUCUUUUGAGAAAAGGUCGAGAACAUUAAAAGAAGUGAAUAAAAAAUUAACAAAAGAAAAUGAUUUCCUGAAAUCGCUCUUAAAACAGCAGCAAGAAGAGGCAGAGAACAGAGAAAAAGAGCUAGAACAGCUACAAAAGGGGAGUAAAGAUGUAGAAAAAGACAAAGCUCAACUUCAAGUAAAAAUCAGUGAGCUGGAGAGAGAAGUCACUUCCCUAAGGAGACAAGUGGCAGAAGCUAAUGGGCUGAAAAAUGAAAACGAAGAGCUGAUGAAUUCAAUGGAGAAAUUGCAGCAUUCAAUAGACAAAGCUAAAUCUGAGGUGGCCACCACAGAAGUGAGAUCUGGGCAGUAUGAUUGUAAAACAACCACUACCAAGGUUAAAUUUAAAGCCGCCAAGAAAAAGUGCUCUGUGGGUCGUUACCACACUGUUCUCAAUCACUCCAUCAAGGUUAUGAGCAAUAUGUUUGAGAACCUCAGCAAGGACAAGGACUGGGAGGAUGUGAGUGAAAGCAGCAGUGAUUCUGAAACACAGACCUCUCAAAAUUUGGGUACAAUUAUUGUAGAAACAUCCCAGAAAAUAAGUCCUAUAGAAGAUGGGAGAGACCAGAAAGAAAGUGAUCAAACAGAAGACAGCCAAAUGCAAGGAAGAAGUAUUGUACAAACAUAUUCAAAUGUAGAUGGCAAGACCGGAAAGGAUUAUUUUCAUUACAAGAAUGCCAAAAAGCCAACUUUUCAAAAGAAGAAUGGUAAUGUUCAAAAGAGUUCACAUACAGCAGUUCCUACUAGAGUUAACAGAGAAAAAUUGAAAAAUAUAACUACCCAGAAAUCAAGUAGUAAUGUUAUUUUAUUACGAGAACGGAUUAUAUCCUUGCAACAACAAAACAGUGUACUUCAGAAUGCCAAAAAAACAGCAGAAUUAUCUGUUAAAGAAUAUAAAGAAGUCAAUGAAAAGCUCCUUCAUCAGCAGCAAGUAUCUGAUCAACGAUUUCAGACAAGCAGACAGACAAUAAAGAAGCUAAAUUUAGAUUUGGCUGAGCUUCGGAAAGAAAAAGAAGACUUAUUAAAGAAAUUGGAAUCCUCAUCUGAAAUCACCAGUUUGGCAGAAGAAGUUUCCCAGGUAACAGUUCCACGGAUACAAGUUACAUCACUUGGUCCUUCAAGGAGCAUGGAUUUGGAAAUGAAGCAAUUGCAGUGUAAACUGAAGAAUGCAACUAAUGAACUCACUAAGCAGUCAUCAAGUGUGAAGUCUCUGAAAUUUGAACUCCUAGCAAAAGAAGAACACAUAAAGGAAAUGCAUGAAAAGAUAUCUCGAAUGGAAAGGGAUAUAACCAUGAAAAGACAUUUGAUAGAGGACUUGAAAUUUCGACAGAAAGUAAAUUUGGAAAGUAAUGAGAGUAUUAAUGAAAUGUUAGAAAAUCUUGAAAGAAAGGUGAAGACAUUAACUGAAGAGUGUUCCAACAAGAAAGUAUCAAUCGAUUCACUAAAGCAAAGACUUAGUGUUGCCGUUAAAGAGAAGUCACAGUAUGAAGAGAUGUAUCAGAAAACUAAAGAGGAACUAGAAAAAAAGGAUUUCAAACUUUCUCUCCUAGUAUCAAAAAUAAAUGAGACUGAAUCUGCAAUGGCAGAAAUUGAAACAGCAGCAUCUAAGCAUCUUCAAGGAUUAGCAUUGCAAAGUGAGCAGGCCCUUGAAGGUGCACAGAAGAAACUGGAGAUAGCCAGUGAGAAAGUGGAAGAGUUCACCUUAUUUGUGAAGGCUUUGGUCAAAGAGUUACAAGUUGAUGUCCAUUCAUUAAGGCGACAAAUCAGAGAGCUUAAAAAAAUCCAGAGAAACAAGGAUGCUCGUAAAAGCUCAACUCAUAAAGCCCAGACCUUGGCAGCUUCUAUCCUCAACAUUUCACGAUCAGAUCUAGAGGAAAUACUGGACACAGAAGAUGAAGUGGAACUCACAAGGACAAAGGCAGAUGCGGAAAACGACAGGGAGUGGCUGUUGUACAUUCAGAAGCUUCUUGAAGGACAGCUUCCUUUUGCCUCAUAUUUACUAGAAGCAGUACUGGAGAAAAUAAAUGAAAAGAAGAAACUGGUUGAAGUAUAUUUCACAAUUAUGAAAGAUAUUAGAUGAUAUUAUAAUGGAGAACUUUUUUCAAAUGUGAAAACUUUGUAUGUGGUGUGAUUGGAAAACAUUAGUUGAGAUCCUGAUACAGUAUCUGCUCCACCUAUCAAUAUUCAGGUUCAAUACCAAAAUAGAAGUCCCUGAAACUAAUUAAUUGCUGAGCAAGUGAAAAUAAUUAAGUGCAUGGCCAUUUAAAAGGAAGUAGUGUAGCAUUUGAUUGUUGAAUACAAAUGUUGCCACAAAUCAAUGCAAACUUAAAAAUUAUUUUCCUUCUAGUGCAUUAGAAGAAAUUAGAACAAGCUUGACACACUCAAAUUGGGCUGAAUAUAAAAAGAAAAAGAUGUCAACUGAGGAUUUAAUCUUUGAAGUUUUAUAAAGGAACUAGGCUUUUAAUAAAACUGCUAUAAAUGGCCUUAAAUCGUCAAGUGAGCAAAAACAUUUGUAUUAUAAGCAAAUAUAACAUGAAGCAGCAUAACUUAAGGAUGAGCAUUUAGUGAAGUAAUUUGUGUGGUCCAACUAUAUUUGGUCUCAAUAUUCUGGAUCAUAUAAGAGAUACUGUAUUUUCCUAGCACUAUUUGACAAAAAUAAAAACAUUUUCUCCUCUCUUUUUUUAAAUUCAUAAUUCUUUGUGUGGUCAUAUAAAUUAGCAAGGACCACAAAUCCAGUGUAUAAAAUUGGGCUAGAUCUUAUUGUAGUCAACUAAUGAGAGUUAGAUUC